AUGGAAGGAAAAUUUAUCCAAUUCUUUUCACUCAUUUGUCUUUGCUUGUUUCCUGCAAUUUCUACACUUGAAGCCAAUGAUGUUAAGGCCAAUAAAGGGUGCAUUGAGAUUGAAAGAAAAGCACUGAUCAAGUUCAAAGAAGGGCUAACUGAUCCUUCUCAUUUUCUAUCAUCUUGGACUGGUGAUAACUGCUGUUCAUGGAAGGGCAUAAGUUGCAGCAAUGAAACAGGCCAUGUGGUGAAGAUUGAACUCCAGAACUAUGAAUGUUUCAAUGAUGCUGGAAACUACUAUGGAAGCAACCAAAAAACAUCGUGUCUUGGCGGCCAGAUAAGUACAUCUUUGCUUGAUUUGAAAUACUUGGAUCACCUUGAUCUGAGCUUGAACAGUUUCCAAAUUCCGAUCCCAGAAUUCUUGGGUUCACUUGGAAUGUUGAGUUACCUGAAUCUGUCGCUUGCAGCAUUCACUGGAAUGAUACCUCAACAUCUUGGAAACUUGUCGAAUUUGCGCUAUCUUGAUCUGAGCUCCGAUUCUUCCCUGCAGUCUAAUGAUUUGUAUUGGCUCUCUAGUCUGACUUCUCUGGAGUACCUUAAGAUGGGAAGUGUCAACUUAAGUUUGGCUUCAACUCAUUGGCUGCAAGUUCUCAAUCUCAUUCCUUCUUUGUCAGAAGUACACUUGGUUUCUUGUGAACUUCAGAACUUGCCUCAAUCUCUACACACUGUCAAUUUUACUUCCCUCUCUGUCCUAGAGCUCACAGGAAACAGAUUCAAGUCACCAAUCCCUCGGUGGUUUUCUAACCUCAGCACCCUGGUUCAGCUUGACUUAACAAUGAGUGAGAUCACAGGAGAUGUAAGUGCAGUUAUUGGAGACCUAACCACGUGCUGCAAGAAUAGCUUAGAGGAGCUGAUCUUGGCAGGUAAUCAAAUAAGUGGACACAUACCUCAUUCUCUUGGGCUCCUUAAGAAACUAAAAUUCCUUGAACUUUUUCUUAACUUCAUUUCUGGUCCAAUUCCGGAGACUGUUGGAAACUUGACCAAUUUGGAGGUGUUGGAUCUAUCUUACAAUCAAAUGAAUGGCUCAUUGCCUGAAAGCAUCAAAAUGCUCACAAAAUUAGCCUCGUUAGAUCUGUUGCAGAAUAGUUGGCAAGGGAUCCUAUCCGAAAAUCAACUUCAAAGUCUCGGAAAACUAGAAUAUUUCACCAUCUCAUCUUCAAACAAAAGUUUCACGAUAAAUGUGAGUUACAAUUGGGUUCCUCCUUUUAGUCUUAAAGACAUUGAAAUCAAUGACUGCCUAUUGGGUCCUAAAUUUCCAGCAUGGCUGAAGACUCAGAAGCAGCUCUCAACAGUCAUCCUUACUAAUGUGGGCAUUUCAGAGGUAAUAUCUGAUUGGCUUUGGGGAUUGAGUCAACUUACCUGGUGUGACCUGUCCAAUAACCAAAUCACAGGAAGUUUUCUCCCUUCACUUGAAUAUCCUUCGCCUGCACUCCAGAAAUCAACCUUUAAUCGCUCAAAAAGUUCUUUUACAUCCUGGCAUAAGCUAUAUAAUCUAAAUUUGGCAGGCAAUUUACUUUCUGGACCAAUACCUGCAAAUAUUGGUCAAGUAUUGGCAUCUGUGAGUAUGCUUAAUCUCUCUUGGAACUUCUUGGAUGGUCGUAUGCCUUCAUCAAUAGGUAGAAUGAGGAACUUAAUUUCACUAGAUCUAUCAAACAAUCAACUUUCAGGCAGGAUACUAGACAACUCGAGGCAUUUGAAAAAGCUACUAGUUCUAGAUUUGUCCGCGAACCAUCUCUCCGGAACUGUUCCUGGUUCAAUAUUUCUAUUGCCUGAACUACAGAAAUUGAAGUUAAAUGACAACCACCUUUCUGGUGAUCUCUCAAAUUACCAAAUAAACAAUGCAAGCUUCUUGGAAUUACUUGAUCUUGGAGGGAACAGAUUUGCAGGGAAGAUACCAAAAUGGCUAGGGCGAAGCCCUCUAGCACUAUUUGAGUUACGAUUACGGGCCAACAGGUUCAGUGGCAGCAUUCCAGAAGAAGUAUGCAAUCUUAUAUAUCUCCACAUAUUGGACAUUGCAGCCAAUUAUCUGUCUGGAUCGAUCCCAGCAUGCCUAGGCCAGUUGACACACAUGCAGAUAGUGCUACCAUUUGUUCCAAUAUCACCAAUAUCAGCAUUCAAAGACAUUGCCGAGAUGGAUUUGGUGGUGAAGGGAAGACAGAUGAGAUACGGCAAGACCCUCGAACUGGUGAACAUUCUUGACCUUUCGAGCAAUAAUUUAUCCGGAGAGAUUCCAAAAGAGAUAACCAGACUCUUAGCCUUAGGUACUUUAAACCUCUCCAGAAACCAAUUGACCGCAAAUAUACCUGAGGAAAUUGGAAACUUGAGCCUGCUGGAAACUCUUGAUCUUUCCCAUAAUCAUCUUUCAGGCCCCAUACCCCGAAGCAUGACUGCCAUGACAUUUUUGAACUACAUGAACUUGUCAUACAACAACUUGUCGGGGCAAAUUCCUUCAACCAAUCAGUUCCAAACCUUCAAUGAUCCCUCCAUCUAUGAGGGAAACGCAGGACUUUGUGGCGUUCCUCUUCCAACAAAAUGCGAUGCAGUGAAUGCUGGUGAUGCAGAAGACAAAGGCCGCAUGAAAGAUCACAGCGUGGAAGAAGAUGGUGAAGACAGCACAAAGCUUGAAUUCUACAUCAGCAUGGUACUGGGAUUCAUUUUUGGAUUUUGGGGUGUGUUUGGUAGUUUGUACGUAUAUAAGCCGUGGAGACAAGGCUAA